CCUUGUUACAGCUGUUAAUUUUGGACUUUGGUUUUUGCAAAAGUAGUAGAAAUGGAAGAGCGUACUGAAUUACGACAUGACUUGCAUGAACUGCAGCGUUUGCGUUCAAUUGCAUCACGCCAGACGAUAAAGAGAUUGUUGGAUGAAAAGAUCACCGAAAUUGAAGGCAAGAUAAAAGUGUUGGAAGCAGCGAGUAAUGUUGAUGGACGUGGUGAUGUACCAGUCUUAAAACAAUCUAGAACAGAAGCUGUAUCUUCAAAUGCUGUACCAUUGGCGACAGUGAAAAUCACCAAUUACGCUUGGGAUCAGAGUGACAAAUAUGUAAAACUUUAUCUUACGAUUCCGGAGAUACAUACUGUUCCGCAACAACAGAUUGCAGUCAACAUUACGGAAAGUGAAGUGGAAGUUAGUGCUCGUGAUGUAUCUUCAAAAAAUUACUCUUUGGUAAUAAAGGGUUUACUCAAAGCAAUCAACCCAUCCAGCUCUUCUUUCAAACAAAAAACUAACCUUUUAUUGAUUAUGAUGCAAAAGAAAGAAGAGGGUAAUUGGAAGUAUUUGACAAAAGCAGAAAUGCAGAGCAAAGAGAAAAGCGCGCCCAAAUUUGACCAAAAAGCAGAUCCACAAGAGUCACUGAUGAACAUGAUGAAGCAAUUAUAUGACGAAGGAGACGACGACAUGAAAAGGACAAUUCGUAAAGCGUGGCAUGAAAGUCAAACAAAGAAGAGCUUAGACCCUGAUGAAUCAAUGUAAUUCCGUAUUACUUAUAACACAAUUUGUUGUCUGAAAUGAUUUCCAAUAUUGCCGAAUAUUACCUGAUGUGCUGACUUGACGCAUAUUUUCACACCCAUGCAUGCUCUGCUCCCCGUGCCAAGCCCAGCCCCAUCUAUGGAUAUCCUUCUGAGAUAUGGGAUUUAACUGAUUUCCCUUUUCAAAAUUAUCGCAUUUCAUGUUUUGUUUUAAUUAGUUAUUAAUAUUUGACUUUCACUGUUUGAUAAAAGCUGUCAUCAUAAUUGC